AUGGACUUCAACAAUCUCUCGCCGUUGGACAUAUUGUCCAAAAAGACCAACAAAAUGUCCAAGCGACUGGACUCGGACGUUCUGCCCUCCAACGCCUCGAUCACCUCGAUCGAAUCAACCGAAACUAUGGGAGGAGUGACAGAUCAGUUUGGAUACAAUCAAUAUGGAGAAUGGAACCCGCGAAGGACAUCGUCGGCCUCGUCUAUAGUGUCGCGCGACUCGCAGGACUUCUCCUACAACCACAGACAAACGUCCAUCAUCAGCACAAACAGCAGUAUUGGAGGCUUACUCAUGUCACUAAAGGUGGACGAGGAGGACGAAGAUGAGGAGGAUGAAGACGAGGAGGAUGACACCCCACUCGCUCAGACGUAUACAAACGACACAGCCAGUAUACAUUCAGCAGACACUGUUCAACAGCGGGAACUGACCUUAGAGGAGCAUCGGUCCGAGUUUGAAAACUACUACAGAGAUCAUAAACCUCGAAUUAUCGAUGAUGACGACGAUGAUGAGCUAGAUGAGGAUUUGGUCAAACAGCCGCAAGUUCAGCAGACCAGAUUCACGGCUCCUGUUGCCGACAAACCGCUCCCUCCUGCAUUUGCAGACAAGCCAUUACCUUCGUCUCCUGUGCCUCCGCGGGUUCAACAGCAGCAUCAACAGCAUACCAGAGUCCCCUCCAACGGUUCCAUGCGGUCUCUGACGCCCUCUACACACACGGUGAGCAAUACUAACAGUGCUCCUACUCCUAGUGCAGGGGGCCCGGUUGGAGGUGUUGGAAAUGCUUCUUCAGCUACCAUUCCUCUUCCUUCCAACUCGGCCACCGCAGACGAGCAUCUUUCCGCUGGAAUCACUUUCCACGAGCAUGGCAAGCUGCGUGAGAGUGCGUACCAGUUCCAGACGGCUGCCAAUAUGGGAGAGCCGACUGCCAUGCUACUGUAUGGUCUAGCUCUACGACACGGAUGGGGCCUGCGACAGAACCCCGAGGAGGCCGUCAAGUGGCUCAAGCGGGCAACCAACAUUUUUUUCGAUGCCGGUAACGACAAGGGCAACCGUUCGUCGACGGCAGAUCUGCUCAAGACUCUAGGCAAGGCAGAUACUGUCACAGGAGGCUCGGGUACGUCCAACGUGAAGAAGUCACGGGUGGGGCUGGCUUUGUACGAGCUGGGGAUGAGCUAUUUGCAUUCGUGGGGCGCCGGCAAGGACGAGGAUUCGGCAUUGCAGUACUUCGAGUUGGCUGGCACACUUGGAGACGGAGACGCGCUGUGUGAGGCGGCCAACAUUUGGAUGAAGAAUGGAGGCAACGGUCGUAAGAAAAAUUUGCAUCGGGCGGCGGAGCUGUACAGACAGGCGGAGGAUCGGGGCGUGGUCAUUGUGGGCAAUCAUUGGAUCUACAAGGACAAGUACAUGCCCAAGAAGGACAAAAAGAAGGAUAAAGGGUUCUUGAAGAAGAAGUAA